UGUGUGUGUGUUGUAUAUGAGCGAGAAAGAGAAGGAGGCAGUACUUGGCAGGCACACUGUACGGCGAAGAAGCAGGCAAAUCUCUUUUAGGAUUCAUCAGCGCAGACGGAGCCUCGCACGUCUGAGAGUGUGUGCGCGCAUGCUGACAUGCGAGUCUGCGAUGGUCCAUGGCAUCAUGAUCCUCCUGCUUGUGGUCUUGAUGGUUUUACCAGCUGCCAGUGUGGAAGAUAAAGCAACAGUGAAUGACUUUGAGUGUGUGUGCGAGUGGCAGACAUGCGGCAGCAACGGUCGCUGCUUUGGCCAGCAGUGCUUCUCUUCCGUCUCCAUCCGGAACGGGACGGCCCUGCGACAGAAGGGGUGCAUUGUGGGUACGGAGGAAGAGGCGGUACAGUGCGGAAGCUCCCCACCUGAGUCUGGCGUCAUGGUGCAGUGCUGCCAGGGAACACUGUGCAACAGCAAUCUUACUGUGGAGAUACCAAGCUCAGAUAAGGACUCCACACAGCAUGUAUGUGUGUGUGAGGGAGCGGAUUGUCUGAGUGGGGGGCGGUGUGUAGGAGAGCAAUGUUUCUCCUCAGUCACAGUCACCAACGGAAACCUACAACACCGUAAAGGCUGUUUCUCUGCCUCCCAGAGGGGCGGGGCUAACUGUGACACACCCAAAUCAUCUAAUAACAUCAUUAAAUGUUGCACAGGCCACCUGUGUAACGCCAACAUUACAGUGGAACCUCCAGCCAGAGACACGGAGACGAAACAAAAAGAGCACGAGUGCGUGUGUGAGGGUCGUUCUUGUGUGAUGGGUGAGCGGUGUAAGGGACAGCAGUGUUUCUCGUCUCUGACUGUGACUGACGGAAUGCUGGUGCAUCAGAAGGGCUGCUUCACUGUGUACGAGCAGGGUCGCUUGACCUGCAAAACCCCACCCUCACCUGACCAGAUUGUCGAGUGCUGCCAAACUCACCUGUGUAAUAUGAACCUCAGCGUGGCUCUGCCAAUCCGAGUGGCAGAGGGCCCUAACUAUAGUGUAACAACAUUGGUCAUCGUAAUUGUGGCUCCAGUGAUUGUCCUCAUUAUCCUUUCAACGGUGGCCAUCUUGAUUUUCCGUCGAAUCCACCGUAACCAGAUGGAGCGGUUGACGGCCCGCGAUGCCGAGUACGGCACCAUCGACGGACUCAUCGCAUCCAACGUCGGCGAAAGCACACUCGCGGAUCUGUUGGAUCACUCAUGCACAUCAGGCAGCGGUUCAGGACUGCCUUUCCUGGUACAGAGAACAGUCGCUAGACAGAUUACACUGAACGAGUGUGUGGGGAAAGGGCGUUAUGGAGAGGUGUGGAGAGGUCAGUGGCAGGGUGAGAACGUGGCCGUGAAAAUUUUCUCCUCCAGAGACGAGAAGUCCUGGUUCCGUGAGACUGAGAUCUACAACACGGUGCUGCUGAGGCACGAGAACAUUCUGGGCUUUAUCGCAUCCGACAUGACGUCUCGUAACUCCAGCACUCAGCUAUGGCUGAUCACACAUUACCACGAGAUGGGCUCGCUGUAUGACUAUCUGCAGCUGAGCACGCUGGAUGCCCCGGCUUGCCUGAGGAUGGCGCUGUCCAUCGCCAGCGGCCUGGCGCACCUGCAUGUAGAGAUCUUCGGCACACAGGGCAAGCCGGCCAUAGCUCAUCGAGACCUGAAGAGCAAAAACAUCUUGGUGAAUAAAAACGGCCAGUGUUGCAUCGCUGACCUGGGCCUGGCUGUGAUGCAUUAUCAGGACACAAACGAGCUGGAUGUGGGGAAUAACCCUAAAGUCGGCACCAAACGCUACAUGGCCCCUGAGGUGCUGGAUGACUCCAUUCAGGUGGACUGCUUCGAGUCAUACAAACGAGUGGACAUCUGGGCUUUCGGCCUCGUGCUGUGGGAGAUCGCCAGACGCACAGUCAGCAACGGUAUUGUAGAAGACUACAAACCUCCCUUCCAUGACGUAGUGCCUAGUGACCCCAGCUUCGAGGACAUGAAAAAGGUGGUGUGUAUAGACCAGCAAAGACCCAACAUCCCCAACAGAUGGUUCUCGGAUUCUACUUUAACAUCCAUCGCCAAACUCAUGAAAGAGUGUUGGUACCAGAACCCGUCGGCAAGGCUCACGGCUUUGCGCAUCAAAAAGACUCUGACGAAAAUCGAUAACUCUUUGGACAAAAUCAAAGCGGACAUUUGAACUCUCUUCAUAUGGAAGAUCCUCAAAGGCCUUUAUGACGUCCAGCGGACGACUCGUCUGGAGAUCCAGGAAAAAAAACAAACACACACACACACACACACAAAAAAAAGUGACCACACGGGCACAGUGCUCUCUUAGAGGCACAAUGUAUUUAUUUUAACACGUACAGCGGGACACGUUUUGGCAUCCAAAGAUGGCACAGAGGGCAUUUAAGAAGACUGCAGAUAUGUGACCUAGCUUUCACAGAGACUGUUACUGUAGCAAGACCUGGAAAGGAGAAAGUCGCUUUAGAGCUCCAGUUUACUUCUAACGCAGCUUCGAUUUUUAGAACUGUCUGGAAACGACGUCUUUCGUUUAGUAAUAUUGUCCGUGCUUCUUUUUGAUUAAUUGCACUGGCAGUCGCUGGCAUUCCUUACUUGCACUGUUACGGAAGAAUUCGGAGGAGAAAAAGACAACAAUUUUGCCAAAAAAGGCUGUAUUUUAUAUUCCACUAGCAUCAUAUCUUUAUCCAUUAUCAACCACAGAGAUAACGCAAGCAACUUUUUAUUUUUAUGUUCCAGUCUUUUUUGUUGUUGUUGUUGUUGUUGUUUACUUUUGCACUGCCAUUUACAGUAUAAUGAUAAAAAAAGAGCAUCUCUGCCUUCAUUUAUGUCACUCGAGCUGUAAUUUAUUUAACUUUUAUGUUUUUGAACCGUACAAUAGCCACUCUGUUACUGUUUUGCCUGAGAUGUUUAACGUGUCACUGAUUUUUUUUUUUUUUUUUUUGUAUUAUUGAGCAUUUAGCUAUUUCCCUUUUGUUUGUUUCGUAAGCUUUAUUGAGUAUAGAAUCUAAAGUAAAUAAAAAAAAAAUUCUUAACUCAAAAACAUUAAGCAAUGCCUGUAAACUGUUUAUAAAUGAACAUGUGCACUGGCCACAGAACUUAAGUUUAAAAAAAAAAAAAAUGUCGGGUUGUUUUAUUUCCUAUUUAAAUAUGUAAUUGUACUGUAUUAAUUAAGACAGUAUAGAUUUCCACCUAAACUUAUUUUUUAUGAUGUAAUGAUUAGCAGAUUUAAUCAUAAAACCGUUUAUUUGACA